CGCAGCGCCCGUGUCGCGCCGCGCAAGUCCGUCCGCGGCGGCGCCGCCGUGACCAAGGCUUCCAUGGUUGAGGUUGCGCAAAUCGCCAACCAGGGUGCGGAGAUUGCGUCUAUCGCCACGACGUGCUUCAUCAUCACCCUCAUCGGUCUCGCCUUCGGUUUUGUGCUCCUUCGCGUCGAGGACUCCGUCGUGAACGGCGAAUAA